AUGACUCUAUCGCACCGAGGCCUCGUCCACAAAAUGGAAAUAAUCUCGUGUGUGUUUCUACUUGUGGCUGCCGUGUGCCGGCUGGCCGCGGCGUGUGCCGCCGCCACCGAGGCGGGGAAAACGACCAGUGCCGACACUCUCUUUCUGUGUCGGGAGUGCGGACACGAGUUGGCCUUCAGCUCGGACACCAUCGCCACCGUGCACAGCCGCAUGGCGUUGUCAGGGCGCAAUCACACGCUGCCCGGAGGUCGGCGAAUACGCGUCCAAACGUUCGAGAACCCGCACGGCCUCCAGUUUGAAGUGGCCACCUUCCGCAGGGCGGACGUGGACAAGCGGUGGCCGGCAGAGAGGCACUUCUCCUGGUUCCCGGGUUUCUCCUGGACUGUGGCCUCAUGCCCGCAGUGCAGGGCGCACUUAGGUUGGGCCUUCCAGCCGAGCUCUUGGCCCGCCACCAUCACGUCGUCGGCCUUCGAAUCUUCCAACCAGACCUUCCUGGCUCUGAUUGUAAAACGCCUGCUGAGUGAGGACUUUGCCUCCAGCCUGCUCAUCACCCCCAAAUCCUUCAUCAGUUGACGUACCGUUUGAACACUCCCACACACACACGUGGAUAUACACAUGAACAUUUUUAUUAUUGAAUCAAAAAGUAAGUUUACACCUCAAACAGUUUCUUUCCCCACCGCCGAGCGGAAAAAGGAAGGUGAAGCCAGGAUUUUUUUUUUAAUUAUAUCCAUGAAGUGAGCAUUGGGGGGGAGGGGGGGCCAAAAUUUACAAGCUUUUUUUUCCCAUUUUGUUCUUUAUUAAAAAUGUCAUUUCAAAUUCCAUGGAUAUCUGUAAAACAAUACAAUGAAAACAAACCAAAAAAAAAAUGUCCCAUAGAAAUGGUGUCAAAAUAACCACUCUGUCGCAGCCCCCAACCCCCCGCCGGUCCCACUUAACUCACCCCCUCCCAUACUAGUAGCCAACAUGCCUCCCCUCCCUCUUAACAUGAAAGGAAUGAGCUGUUGGGGGGGGGGGAAGAAAAAUAAAAUCUUCCAAAAAUAAAAGAUAAUGAUGAGGUCUGCUAGUGCUAAGGUGACUACACCAUGGCUUCUUCUCACCACACCUGGAAACAGGAGCACAUCUGUGGGAAGUAUCUUCAAAUUCUACGAGAUUCUAUUUUUUUCUCAAUUAUUUAUUAUUAUGUCAUAUCUUUAACAAGAGAGCAAGGAGAGAUGAUGAACCCCGGGGGCUGUGUACGUAACGUAUACUCACAAUUGGGGG